AUGGCCAAUGGACGCGAAAACACACCAACAAAAAGCCCACCGGAAAGGACUCUAAAAUCAACACGUCUAAAAAUUAUAUUUUCAACCCUUUGUAGCAUUCAGCUUCUGGUUAUGAUAACAAGAUCAAAACUUACCUUCAGCAGAUUUAAAAUACGCUCAAUGUCUUCUUUCUCCUUUCUCCGUGACAAAACUUUACAUUGUAAGAAUAUCGAAUCUAAAGAGAAACCAGUAAGUUACUUUAAUAAUGAAUAUUUACCUAUUUCAUUUUCGCAAAUACCUUCUUCUACAGUAUACGUUAAGAAUGAAGUCCAAGAUCUUUGU